CGGUUCGACUCAGGUUUGCAGAAAUGCCUGCCCCUCGACACCAACCCAUCAUCUUCACCACUUUGUUCUAUCAAGCUAAUCAAGAUGCGGCCCUCGACCUUUCUCGCCAUUGCUCCAAUAGCGGCUUCGCUCACAAACGCACAGCAGAAGCUACCCAACAAUGUGCAAUUCGAUCUGCUUUUCCCCCAACCCAACGAGACCUACGCACCUACGCAAUAUUUCCCCAUCGUCUUUGGCAUCCAAAAUGCCGACGGGGUCCUACCUAUCCUGCCCAAGGACGGCCUCAGCGUCAUUAUAGAGGUGUGGGCUGAUGACUACCGCCGUAACUCGUCCGUUAGCGGAUGGGGACAUGUGUCAGAACGCUUCAACUCAAACGACUUCAAGAGAGCUCCUUUCCCGUCGUCGGCAGCCCACUUCAUCCACUACCCGCCAAUUAACAUGACCAACGGCACAACGAAGUCGUACUACGUGAACUGGCACGUCGUCGCCGACAACAAAUGCAAUCCGCAAAAUGGGGACCUCGGCAACGACACAUGGAGCCACUGGAACUUCAUCCGCUUCAACACCGCCCCGGGAGCCCAGCUCCCCGACAUCGCGGCCAGCAUCGACUCGUGUCCGGAGCCUCACAAUUCGACUUCGAUUACUCUCGAUGUCAAGCCCGGGGAGCCCAACGACCGCUGCCCUACCUUUCACACGACUCCCUCCACCAUCAAGUGCGGCUAUAAGCCCUUAGCCAAGGACCUGGCGGCAAACGUGUCGGCCGCGAUGCUGGGGAAGAUGGGCUGCGACGAGGGAGACUGGCGCACCAUCUCGACCCCUUGCCCGCCGAAGGCGAAGCAGAGCGGCGGUUCAUGGGCUGCGGCAACUACUGGAGCGGUCUGGGCGGCUUGGGUUCUCGCCAUGGUCAUGGCAUUUUAGGUAUCUACCAGGUAGCUUCCGCGCCAGUCUUGUUGCACCGCCAGUGUAUGCCAGUGUAUGCAGUUGCCAGCAGUCACGGCUUAGAGAGAUGUGGGCUGCUGCCCAAAUGGAGGGCCCUUGUCGUCGAUUGGUGUUCGAAAGGGAAUCUCUGCGAACUCCGUUCUGGUUGACCACAGUUGAUAAUGUAAUUACUUUUAAAUUUCCCCUCCCAAACCUCGCCCAGGUCCUUCGCUGGCAAACAGACCACAAGGGCACCAGACCCCUUCGUCCCAACGCCUGUUGGGAAUGUGGGGAGCGGGUAAAACGGAAGCGAGCGGGCACGGCAUGGCCGUGGCGCACUGGGGAUUCAGGGGUCCAUUGUGUGAGGGCAGCGGGGACAUCCACUCGCUCCAGAUGACG